AUGCUCGACGACAGCUUCCCGACGUACCGCCUGCACUCCUCCGAAGAUCCCCUCCAGACGGGCCUCUUCUACACCUACAACGGCUCGGACCCCGUCCGCGCCUACAACCUCCAGAGACCGGCCCCCUCAUCCUCACCAAACCAGUAUGCCGUCGCCUUGUUCGACGCCCACUACCCGUCCGUCAUCUACGGCGAGGUCCUGGUGAAGCCCGAGUGGCAGCAGCCCACGCUGUCGGCCGCCGAGAUCCGCAACCAGAACGGCACCGUCCCGGCCCCGGUGCCCAUCACGCCCGACGCCUUCUCCGUGCUGCUGUACAACCCCGACCAGAGCAUCGUCGUCAAGCGUAGCGCCGGCGGCUGGAACCGCGCCGACUCGUGGGGCUUUGAAAUGCCCGAGCGCACCUUUAAGCUGCCCAGCGCCAGCAGGCUGGACCAGGAGCUGGGCAGCAACGACGUGUCGGACCUCUCGCCCAAGAUCAUGUUCCACUGGAAGCGCGACGGGCGCCUCAACAGGGACAUGACGUGCUACAUGUCCGGCAAGAGCGUGGGCGGCAAGAAGAGCAAGGAGCCGGACAUUACCGUUGCCAUGUAUCGCAGCCAGAAGCACGGGGAUGCGCUGUGCAUAUACGAGCCCAACAUGGCGCGCGUCGAGGUCGAGGACCGCAAGGGGCUGGAGGUUGUGCUGCUGCUGAGUGCCGUUGUCGUCCGCGACUUGCAUUUUGCGCCUCGGCAGGAUCCGUUCAACAUCUCUGGCACGGCGGCCGCGGGGGUUCUGAAUGGAAAGGGGAGGAGAGGGUCACGGCCAUUGGCGUCGUCAUCGUCACCCAGCGAUCCAACACUUGUCUCGGGCGCACUGGGGGGAACUCCGUCACCGGUACAGGCGACUCACACGCCUCCGUUACGGCCGUCUCCGGCGAGCAACGUCGCAAAGCAGACCGAAAUCGACGCCGAGACGCGCAGGCUGCAGGCAAUGGUGGCCGAGGAAGAGCGGCAGCGCCGCGCGCGGCUUGCCCGAGAGGAGGAGGAGAGGACGCGGAGGAUGCUGCGGCAGGAGGAAGAAGCCCGGCGGCGGCAGAAGCAGGCAGAGAUUGAUGCCGAGACGGAGCGACUACGUCGGGAGUACGGCGUCCAGGUCCCGCCAGCACGGCCCUCUCCCCCUUCACAGAGGCCCUCUCCCCCUUCACAGCGGCCCUCUGGGACGGCGGCCAUGUCUGGAGCGUUGAGCGGCGGCAGCAGCUGGUAUGGCCCGCCCGUCGUGAACAAUCUCCAGCCUCCGCCUCCGCCUCCGCCGCGGCCAAGCAGCGUAGGGCCGCAGUCUGUGCCACAGCAGCAGGGUGGACGCCACAAGCCGGGCCCUUAUUCGGGGCUGGCAGGGGCGCGAGCCAGUGCGAUUAAUCUGUUUGGGGGAGGUAAGACGGAGGAGGAAAAGAGGAAGAAGAUGAAGAAGAAGCAUAGCGUGUUUUUCUAG